CCAGAGUCUGUCUUGUCUCUUCAGGAUGGUGGCUUCCUACCUGGUUCAUCACAGCUACUGCGCCACGGCUGAAGCUUUCGCUAAAUCCACAGACCAGGCCGUGCACGAGGAGCUGGCCUCCAUCAAAAACAGACAGAAGAUCCAGAAGCUGGUGUUGUCAGGCAGAAUGGGCGAGGCCAUCGAGACCACCACGCAGCUGUACCCCACCCUGCUGGAGAGGAACCCCGACCUGCUCUUCAUGCUCAAAGUGAGACAGUUCAUAGAGAUGGUGAACGGGACGGACAGUGAGGUGAGAUGUCUGGGGGGUCGCAGCCCAAAGUCUCAGGACAUUUACCCCGCCUCCCCCCGGCCCUUCAGCCCGAGCCACAAAGCCAGCGGCUCCCUGCCAGGGUCCGACGGCACCUGCUGUAAUGGAGUGACGUCCAAUAAGAGCCACAGCACCCCCCCUCACAGUCACAAGCCCUGCCCCCCCGCCUCACCCCCNACCUGUUGGGAGUCAAACAGCAGCUGGCUGCCGACCACACCUCCUCCACCUGCUGCUCAAUAA